AUGAAACUACUAACAUUUUGCAUUGUAACCGCCUUGUUUAGCGUUGCGAGUACACGGAGCUUUUACAACGAAGCGUACAACCCCUGCCGCCACAAGGAACUAUGUGGAUUGGGUAUCUGUGAACCAUCGAGAGACUUCCAGUGAGUUUUUAUCUAAUUUUGAAAGUUUUUGAAGUUUGCUGUUCAUAGUGUACCUAUGGACUUCGUAUGUUACAACACUGAAACUAUUUUCAAUUUGAAUUACUAUACAAAAUUUUAUCGUGUUUUGAUAUGACCACAGUAUUAAUAUUAUCACUUUUAGGACAUUUACUUGCCGUUGUCAAUACGGAUUUACUGGUCAAUUCUGCGAAAUAAAACUAACUCCAUCAUGCAAUCAACGUGCUGUUCCAUGCAAGAACAAUGGAAUAUGCCACGAUACCUUGAAUGGGAUCACUUGUGAAUGCCCGAAUGGAACUUACGGGAGAAGGUGUGAGAUUCUGGAUGAGAAGGCGGAACAAAAUUGGGGAACUCCAAGUAUCGAGGACAUUAAUGAUGUGAUUGGCAAUGUGCCAAAGGGAUACAAAAGUCUUGGCUAUGUUGGAGUCAACAAAGUGACAACCUUGAAAGAGUUAAAGCAACAGCUGAAGGACUUGUCUCAGGAGAUUGAAAGGUACAGAGAUGUAAAGUUAGAAGUUGUUACUUUGCCUGAUGGAACUACCUCUUUUUAUGAUGUUAUUCACCACACCAAUGCUACAAAGGGUAAGAUUUACGUUUUGUAAUUUUUGAUAUUGAGCUACAUAUUUACAUAAUCUUUGAAUAAACUUCAACUAGUACUAAAAUUAUUGUGAUUUGGUGUCAAAUUAUAUAGUAAUUGACUUUAGAUGACGUUGCGACCGAAUGGAAAGCCUUGUUGGUAGCUACAGUGAAAGAAAACGACUACAGUUUGACCCUGGACGAUGUGAUUGCCAUGAUGAUUGAUCCUGUCUUCCCAAGUCACUUCGAGCCCCAAGAGUUGAGAGCAGUACAGAAGCCUAAAGCAGGUUAUGUUAGCUAUGGCAUACUUGCCUUACUUUGUGGAGCUGUUUUGACUGCGUUGUUUGGUGGAUUACUGUAUGCUUCAAGUCAAGGCGCAAUAUUUAAAUAUGGCACUAUCAAGAGAAAGAACAACAUCGAGAAUAUCCAGGUUAGUAUUGAGGUUUUAUUAUUUUUUACCUAAUUUUUAAGUUAUUAAAAUCAACUUUUUUAUUUGGCACAUAUUAAUUGCUUUUUUAAAAUUGAAAUCUAAUUGAUUACGUUUUUGAUUUGACAUUUUUCAGGUUGCAUUAAAAAGUGAAACGGUAAAAAUCGCAACAAAUGAAGAACGAGUAUUUGAGUCAUAUGUACAUCAGUUGUGCAACAACUUCACGCUGGACCCAAGUGCCAACGAGUUUUUAAAAGGCUACUCUACUGUUCACAAUGAUAAUGCUAUUCACGAGUUAUGCCACUUCUCAAACUAUUCAGAAGAAUCUUGCAUUAAGGCCAUCAACUAUUUGAUUCAACUUGGCAUUGACGUUAACCAUGUCAACAAAAUGGGUAAGUGUUAAUCAUUUUUGGGGAAAUUUAGUUGCCACGUAACAAAACUUGUUAAUAAUUUUAACUUCAAAAUAUUUUAAAUUCCCUUUUAAACCUUAAGCAAUUUUAGGUAAAACUCCGCUUGACUUGGCCGCAGCAUGCCAUCGCAAUAAAAUUGCCAUAAACUGUCUAUUGCCACAAGGAGCUAAAGUCACGGCACAUCAGGCUAAAAAAGGCUUCACCGUUCUUCAUGAAUGUAUUGUGGUCAAGAACACAACCUUGGCCAAUCAUAUCCUUACCCGAGUGGAUGCAUUAGCCUUGUUCCACAUUGCCACACCAGCCCCUUACCCCCAAAGUGCUAUGACUUUGGCUGCCUGCUGGGGCAUGUCAGAUCUGGUGGAGAGCUUGAUGAGAUUGGCUCACAAGAACGGGUUUAAUGUUGGUGGAAUUGUCAAUAGAGAAAUGGAGAGAGCUGGUUGGACUGCUCUUCACUGGGCUGCUGCUGGAGGACAUGUCGAUUGUGUGAAGAGGAUUCUGGACACGGCGAAAAGCAUCAAAAUUCUGAAGAAAAACGUGUUGUUGCCAGCGAGAUGCGAUUAUAUGGUAAGGAUUUGAACGUUAUCUAUGAUGAUUUCGUAUAACAGUGCUUGUACAAAAUUUCGAUCUUAAAAGCUAGCUUUUAAAUAUAUUAUAUUGGAACUAGCUCAUGGUUUUUACGCAGCCUUGUGAGAAUUUAAAUACAAUUUUUAAUUUUAGCAUCAAAUUGCGCUACAGACAGCAGUAGAGAACAAAUUUCUGGACGUGGCCGCGGUACUGCUGGAGUACGGAUCUGAUCCAAAUCACACAGACUACCUUCGCCGAAGCAGCUACACGAUGGCUGCGGACAUCGAUGUAAAAACACCAGGAUUCAAGGCUAAAUUCGACGAAAUUUGCAAAAAGACGAACGCUCCGGAAGAAAAAGCUGUCAAAACUAGAAAGAGAAUAGCUGCAAAGGUAAGACAUUUACUGUGGUUUAGAAAGAAACUUACAGUAUUUUAAAGUUAUUACUUAUAUGUAAUUUGCUUCAGUCCAUUGUGAUAAAUAAUGUCUAGUAACAGACUGUUGGAAAAUUUAAAAAAUCAGAUAACGUAUUAACGAUAGAAGUUUCGUUUAAUGUUUUUAGGACAAAGUAGAACCAGCUCCGAAACGAACCACGAAAGAUGACAGACACUCUUUUGAUUCAUGUUAUCAUUCCGACAACUCAGUCGACUACAGCAAUCGCUGCUCUCCAGAAGUGGCCCAACAAUGGUACCAGACUCCUAUGAAUACCCAGUUCCAGAAUCCAAACUUCGGAAUGAACGUUUUAACAAACACUGCAAAUACAUCGAACUACAAUUACUACAACAACGGAUCUUAUGGUAUCAACAACUGUAACAUGAUUACUACUACUAAUAUGAAUACUAUCGAUUGUCAACCACAAAAUUGUACUCUUUUCUAUGUUCCCACUAGUACUAACGCGACUAACUGGGCCCCAACUAGAAACGUUUUGUACAAUCAGACCCCAGAUGUUGCAAUGCCAAUUAACAAUGCUGUUUAUUGUGGUCCAAACCAAUAUAACCUGCAAAAUAUGAAUUAUGUUCACAGUUGUCUAUCUCAAAACUUCCUUUACAAUUCGAACCUGUCUUCUCAACCCUUCGUUCCAACAUCUUCAAAUUACAAUGGAAUGUCUUCAUCUUUUGUUGCACCAAAUAACUUUACUUAUUAAUUUCACAUUUCAAGUAUUUAUACAAUAAAUAAUAAUAUAUUAAUGAGGACAUGACAUUUUAAUAUAAACAAUAAAAAUAUUAAAAUAGAAGCAUUAAAUAAGAAUGAACUAUCCGCAACAACGUACUUCUGAAUGACAUAAUUUCUAGACGUCCUUUAUCAAAAGUGCAACACUUGACUUUUUGUGUCAUGUGUUCCUAUUUUUAUUUAUUUUAUUUUACAGGUAAAUUCCAUCGGAUUUCAGACUUGAUUGAUCAUGCUUUAGGUUUCUAAAUAUUAGUUUGCUCAAUUGUUUGCUAUCUAUAUUGUUAAAGUUUUUGUUGUUAAUGUAAGGUAAAUCAUUUGUUUUUGUUAUGUUUUUAGACAGAAAAAGCAAAAGAUACGAGUAAACUUAUAAACUUUAGAUGUUUUCCAAGCUUUUAAUCCAAAGACACCCAACAUGUUCCAUUAUACAGCCGGUGCGAGGAAAAGCGGCUAAAUUUAAGCCUAGAAUAGCACCAAAAAAUAAGAUGAAAAGCCCGUCGAUGUUGGCUUUGGACAACUUCGACUUUUACUACAGUCCGUUGUUCGGAAAACGAUGGCCAUCAGUUCGACUUGGUCUACUGACUCAACAUAAGUAUGUAGCUGUGUUAAACAGGCUCAGCGAGGAUUAUGAGCAGAAUUUGGAGGUAAUAAGAGAUCUGGGGACAGUUGAUGUGAUCGGAUCUUUGAAAAGAGGCAAAGGAUUUGAGAAAGUCAAGGAGAAGGUGGCAAAGACUGGUGAACAAGUUGGACAAGAAGAGACUGGGAAUGUUAUAGAAGGGUUAGAGGAGGAAGACAAGUUUGUGGACCGAGUGAACGGAGGUUUAGAUGAGUUUACACCUUCUGGAGAAGAUUAUGAGUCAGGACAAGUUAAACAAGAUGUUGGGGAACCAAACAGCAAUCAAAUACAGUAAGUUUACAGGUUUAUGAUUUUUUUAAAUGGACUUAAUUUUAUUUUCAAAUGAGGUGUCUUUUGCGUUAGGCAAAUGAUUUUUACAGCUAAUAUUAUUAUGGUGGUAAAGAAUCGAUAUUUUGAUAAUUGUUAAAAUUACUUUUUGUUUUUUAAACGUCGUUUACAUCUAUUGGUGUGAUAUUAUUUAGAAUAACAGGUCUAGAAUUUCUGAAUUCUCACCUUAAGACAGAAGAAGGUGUCAUAGAGUACCCGAGUGAUCUAAGGAUACUGUCUUAUGCGAGAGACGUGUUCGAUAACUAUCCAGCUCCAAUGAAGGAUAAGAACGGUAUUUCAAGUAAGUUUGCCUUACUCCGAACCGAAGUAUGAAGUUCGAAAACUUUUUUACUUUUAUUGUAUAACUCAUACUAUAUAUUGAUUGAAACUUUAUAUUACACUGAUUUUUAAGGUUGGUGGUUAUUAGACGGAGGUUCUGUCUUACCAGUACUAGCGUUGGAUUUAAAAGACGAUGACAACGUUUUGGACAUGUGUGCAUCGCCUGGCGGAAAAAGUUUGAUGGUUAUUCAAUCUGGAAAGUUUGGUACGGUUGUUUGGUUUCGUAUGUCUUAUUUUUAAGGCAAAAAGUCAUGAUUUUAAGGCAAAGCGAAUGAAUUACUCUUAUUUAUAUACAAAUGCAAUCUUUUUUAGCUUCCCUAACAUGUAACGACGCAAAGCUCAGUAGAUUUGGCCAACUACGUCGUGGUUUGGCCAUGUAUAUACCAGUGAAUGCUGCAGUGAACGAGAAGAUUAUUCUGAAGCGAAAGGAUGCAAGUUUACUGGAUUCGUGGGACGAAGAGAAUCUCUACGAUAAGGUUCUGGUUGACGCACCAUGUAGUACGGACAGGUUGGCAGCUACUGACGACGAAGGGAACCUAUUCAGUCCUGGAAACACUCAAGAACGUCUGAACCUUCCACAACUUCAAACUAGGCUUCUCAUGUGGGUUGUUAUUACUUUUUGCAUAUAAAUGGAGGGAGAGGGGUAGAGAAAAAUUAGUCUGGACAUUUUAUUUUCGGAGAUUUUUUUAAAGAUUCACUUUUAAGAAACGCAAUCCGCUCCUUGCGUGUAGGCGGUUCAGUGGUCUACUCAACCUGCACCAUGUCUCCAGCUCAAAACGAAAGUGUUGUGGAGAACGCUGCGAUCUUAGCAUCGGAACACUACGGCAUAGAAGUAGUGGAACAGUCUCUGAACAAGAUGCGAAAUCAGUUGAUGAACACAACGCUUUUCAGAUUCUCAGACAAAGCAACUAGAGGUCUACUGGUCGUUCCAAAUGUUCGAUCUAAUUUUGGACCGAUGUUCGUUUGCAAACUUGUUAGGAAAAAAUAA